AUGGAAUAUUUCUACAGUAAAGAAAGAAGACAAAUAGCUAGAGACAGGCCAAAAAGAGGCCCAGAAUACGCUUCAUCAGCAUGGCUUCCUGGUAAUGAAUCAUUGUGGCAGGCCUCGACUGUUCCAUCAAACCAUCGAAAUAACCAUACCAGAAGACACAGCAUAACUUCGGACAGUGGAGAUACUGGCAUUGGGACUUCUUGUUCUGACAGCGUGGAAGAUCAUUCAACCUCAAGUGGCACGUUAUCCUUUAGGCCCAGUCGGUCAUUGGUUACCCUUCCUACUGCCCAUGUGAUGCCCUCCAACGCCAGCACUUCCCGACACAGGGACUCUUUGACACCCGAUGGCUCAAAAUGGAGCAAGAGCCUCGUGCAAACCAUGGGAAGUCGCAGUCGGGAGGAGCAGGACUCUUCACUAGACAUGAAGGACAUCCGGCCCAUCCGGAAAUGGUCAUCUUUAUCCAAACUCACUGCCCCAGCUAACUGCAGUCAACAUGGCUUGGCACACACAGAAGAGUCCCGGAUUGGCUUGGAAAAGACAGGGAGGAGCAAGGUGUUACCUUCGCAAUUAAGGACUCUUGGGCCUACCAGCUUCCAUGAUAGUUUGGAAAUGCUUACACUAGAGGACAAAGAAGUCAAUAAAAAACGGUCAUCCACUAUCGACUGUAAAUAUAAAUAUGAAAGCUGUAGCAAAGAGGAUUUUAGAGCCUUUCCCUCCACACUUAGGAGACAAACUUUAGAUAUGACAUACAGUGCCUUACCUGAAAGCAAGCCCAUUAUGACAACUUCAGGGGCUUUUGAACCUCCAAAAUAUUUAAUACUUGGUCAACAGGCAGUAGGUGGGGUUCCCAUUCAGCCUUCUGUGAGGACGCAAAUGUGGCUUACAGAGCAGUUGCGGACAAAUCCUUUGGAAUGUAGAGCUACAGAGGACUCUUACAGUUUAGCUCCUUGGCAACAGCAGCAAAUUGAAGAGUUUAGACCAGGGAGUGAAACACCGAUGCAGGUUUUGACUGAAUCAUCUCGUCAAAGUUAUUCGCCUUCUGAAUAUCAGGAUUUCAGUAAGUGGGAAUCAGUGCUGAAAAUCAAAGAAGGACUGCUAAGGCAGAAAGAAAUUGUAAUUGAUCGGCAGAAGCAGCAAAUAAACCACCUACAUGAGAGGAUAAGAGAUAAUGAAUUACGUGCACAACAUGCCUUGUUAGGACAUUAUGUAAAUCGUGAGGAGUCUUACAUGGCUAGUUUGCAGCCACAAUACGAGAACACUUCACUUCAGGGGCCAUUUUCAGAACCAUCAGUAUCUAAUUCCCAGCAGGAAGAACUUGAACAAAAGCUAGCCUCGGCUGAGAAAGAAGUUUUACAGCUCAAUGAGUUUCUCAAACAGAGACUAACCCAAUCUACUGAGGAGAAGAAGAAACUGGAGGAGAAGCUUAAAACCAGAGAUAGGUACAUCAAUAGCCUGAAAAAGAAAUGUCAGAAGGAAUCUGAACAAAACAAAGAGAAGCAGAGAAGAAUUGAGACCUUGGAAAAGUAUCUAGCUGAUCUGCCAACCUUAGAUGAUGUACAGAGUCAGAGUCUGCAGCUUCAGGUUCUAGAAGAGAAAAAUAAGAAUUUGCAAGAGACUUUGAUAGAUAUGGAGAAAAAUCUUGAAGAGAUCAAGAAACAGUGUCAAGAGAAAGAAGCACAGCUAAUUUGUCAGAAAAAUAAAGAAAAGGAGUUGGUAACCACAGUACAGAGUCUACAGCAAAAAGUGGAAAGGUGCCUUGAAGACGGGGUCCGUCUGCCCAUGUUAGACGCCAAGCAGCUCCAGAACGAGAACGAGAACCUCCGAGAGCAAAACGACAGUGCGAGUAAGAUAAUAGGCAGCCAACAAGAUGAGAUCGACGGAAUGAUUUUAGAAAUUCAGUCUAUGCAAGGAAAAUUAUCUAAAGAGAAAUUGACUACUCAAAGGAUGGUGGAAGAACUAGAAAAGAAAGAAAGAAAUAUACAGAGAUUAACACAAGCAUUGCAUGGGAACCAAAGACAAACAGAAGAGACCUGCUCUUCGCUGGAUCAGAGUCAGGAAGCCGGCCAAUCUAGGCAGCAGGCAGUUCCUUCCAAAUGGCCGUUAUUUGAUUUGACUGUGAUUGAUCAGCUGUUCAAGGAAAUGUCCUAUUGUUUGUUUGACCUGAAAGCAUUGUGUAGCAUUCUGAAUCAGCGUGCUCAGGGCAAGGAGCCUAACCUGUCACUAUUACUGGGAAUCAGAUCAAUGAACUGUUCACCUGAAGAGACUGAGAAGGACCACAGCCCAGAAACACUCACCAAGAAACUGUCAGAUGUGUGCCAGCUACGGAGGGACAUCGACGAGUUACGGACUACGAUAUCCGACCGCUAUGCUCAGGACAUGGGCGACAACUGCAUUACCCAGUGAUUGAGUUGGACCCCACAGCAAUAAUGAGACUUGCUAAGUGCCGCGGUGUUACGUUUCUUCGUGUUUCUUUCAAGGAGCCAUCAUGGAAGGUGGCAAGGCACAUGAGACUUGCACAUAGGUGUUUUGUUUUUGUUUACCUUUUCUUUCCCCUGUGAAUUUUAUACUGCGGGGGAUGGGGGGAGGUGUAAGAAAGUCUUUAAAGGGUUUGUCUAAUCAGGCCCCCAAAAAUCAAUUUAUUAUUUGAAAAAUGUGAUAAAGUAUUUAAGAAGGAAAAAAUCUGUAUUCUCAACUACUGUGUGUCAGACCAAGCUGUGAAGAGUACCCUCAGAAAGAAGAAAAAAGGAGCAGGGUUUCUUUUGAUCCUCUAGGGUUCUUUUUGUUUUGUGCCUGUGUGCUGUCUUCCUGAAAUUACAAGGAUUUACAAGGUCAAGGCAGUGCUUCUGCAAAGGGCACAUGCUGCUGCCGCCCGAGCUCUUGUUCCCACAGAAGCAUGUGUGGGACCGUGGGGGUUUGAGGGUUGCUAAACCAGAGUUCUAACCGCGGGCAAGUAUUUGAAUAGUAGUCCAAAAAGCAAAGCCAUUUGUAUUUGUAAUAAUCACUGUGCUGAAACGAUGAGCUUGUGGAGUUGGGUUGAUUUUAGUACUGCUGCUAAGCCGUGUUUUCUAGAGGGACUGUGGACUGCCUUAGAGGUGGGAAAUGGUGAAGCAGUGGAGUGGUGUUUUUUUUAAGCAUAGUAAUUUAGAUUACAAGGCAGUUUAACAUUACUUAAACUAAUUUUUAAUAUGCCCUUUGCUAUUUUACAGUGUUCUAUUUAUAUGUUUUGUAUAUCAGUGUAAACAAAGCCAUAUCAUUAGUGCAGACUUAAGUAAGGCCUCCUAUCAUUAUUGUAAAAGAUGACUAAGACAGUGACUCUGGAACGGUACCUUAUUUAUUGACUCUCAGCGUUCACCCUGUAACACUUUUGUGUCUGAUUAUUUAAAGUCAAAACUACUUUCAGAGAAAGCCCGUAUGUGAUCUUUUUAUAUGAAUAUUCACUAUCAUAAAACAACACCCAAACUUUAGCUGAUACUUUCAUUCAUUUUAUCUGGUAAAGUCCAUUAAAAAUACAGUUUCUCAUCAAGUAUUACCAUGGCCAGGUUAUCUCUGCAAUAGGAGUACAGGGUAUUACUCUAAAAUGCAACUGAUUUUUAAGAAGAUUUAACUAAACUUUCAAAUGGGCGGUAUUGUUCCUUUGGUAGUUGGCACUUUAUGGGCACGCUGCCUUGUAUUGCCUGAGAGCAUCCACUGCACUCCUUGUAAUGGCAACUCUUUGUCCUUUGCAAGAUGUGAUUUCUUGAUAGACAAACAUUAUUUAUAGCAAAACUUUAAAAGUGGUAUAGACAUGAGGAGUCGCAAUCAAGCAAAAUACUGUUUUGGUCAGGAGCCAACCACAUUUCUGUUGCCUUGCCGGCUCCUGGGCAGGAAGGGUGCCCCUGGAAAAGAACUCUUUGAAAUCCGUCCCGUGUUGGAAACAUCCAGGGGGGAGUCUAACGCCUUGAAGGAGACCAUUCCAGAAGGCAGUUUAGAUUUUCAGUGUAUAAGGCAGUUCUCAAUAAGGUGUGAUUCAGCCAUAGUACACUGUAAAGGCACCAGAUUUCCCUUCUGGUCAGUGUCAGUGCUAGCUAAUAUUCUGACUGACUUUUUAGGAUCAGGGCACUAAGAAAAGACAGCACUGUAGUCAUUGUGCACCCGGCGUCCCUAACCUGUAGAAAAGACUGAGUCGCCGUAGGAAUAUGUCUUUCUAAUGUCUUCAUUAGUUUUUAUUAGUAGUGGUUUGAAAGCAAUCAGGGAAUAGUAAAUUUGUACCAAAAAUCUCAUGCAAACAAUUCUGCUGUACAAGCAUUUACAUCUGUGAAAGUACCCCUUUACCGUGAGUGGAUUCUAGCACCUAAAGCAGAUGAGGCGAAAGUACAACAAACACCUCUUAUCUUCUCUUUGAGCAGAACUCUUCCCUCAGCUCCAAGAGUAGAAACUAAGAUACCCUAAAGCGAUAGUAAUACUGGGCAAACAAUCAAUGAUGUGGGCCACCUCUUCUUUAAAUAUCUUCUAGGCUUUAAGUGUGUAUUUGGGGGAGUUGUAUUGUUGUUUAGUAUUGUCAUUUGACAACACUAUUGUCAUUUGACUCAAUUUGUAGUACAUUUUUGGUUUACUGGUUUAGUUGGGAUAAAAUAACUUUUUAUUAUUUAAUAUGUUUUCUAAAACAACACAUUUCACUUGAGAUAAAAAUUUUUUUAACUUAAUGCAUUUCAGUUUUCAAAAUGCAUAUCACCUAUGAAAAAGGGGAGCUAAGAUUUAACUUUUUGGAAUCUGGAGUUUAUAAGGGAACUAGCUAGGUAAGACAGUCUGUAAGGAAAAGAAACUAAUAAAAGUAUUCUGUUUUUGUCAGUAUUUUUAUUUUUCAGAAAAAAAGCCCUCUUCAGAGAUCUCCCCUCCCCUUGGAAUAAUUACAAUAUUGAUAAUCUCUUGAAAACAAAAAUAUUGCUGAUGGGCCAAGAAAGAUGGGCAAACAAAAACACGAGCGUUCUGCCCCAGUGUAAACGGUGCUGUGCACAGAAUGUCCUUUAGUGAUUGAGGGGGAAAUGAAAAGUAGCCUGAGUCCUCACAUAAAUCUAGGAGGACACUUCCUAGGACAGGGAGCAUCUCCAUAGUUAGGCUGGUUGGGAUUACAACACUGCCUCUUAGGGAGUUUCUCGUGCAGUGUUACUAUUGUCAUGGCCGGUGGACUUUGAAGUUGACUAGGCCUCAGGCACGGCAGAGCAGGGCCGGAGCGGCAGCUGGGUUGCUAGAGGUAGAUGUUCCCAGUGCAGGUCCAGCGAAUAGAGUCAGAGGCCGAGUAGUUGCCUUUUCUUUUGAUGUCAGAAAAGUAGGAUGACUUUACACUGUUGGUAAAUUUCAAGUGGCUUCUAAUUUUUAAAAGCCUAAGUAUUGACUAGGUAAGAUAUGCAUGGAUUUGUUUUAAACUAAAUAGCACUCCUUUUCAUAUUUAAAAUAGGAUUCAGUAUUUAACGUCAACAGUAUUAUAUUUUAGUGAUUUAUUUUGGUCAUGAUAACUUACUAAACUGAAUUAGACUUCUUUUGGUAGCUUUUUAGAAAUAAUUUCAAGGGCUGGAAAGUAUUACUAAAAGGGAUAUUGUACAUUUCUGACUUAUUAAUGAGAUUAUAAACUAAUUUUGACAUCGUUCAAUACUUAAUAGGAAUUUCUUACAAGAUGUUUUAAAGGAGCUACUUUUUUGGAUAAAGUAAUCUUCCUUGAAAUAGUUCAUUGAGUAAAAUACUGGCCGAGAAGUAGGACUACACUGUUUACACAGCAUAGUUCAGCGCAGGCACAGUUUAGUUUGGAUUGCAACUAUGGCAACACACAGUCCUCGUGACCUUGCUCAUUCAGACCCUAUCCUUUGAAACUGCCAGGAACUGUAGCACUUAGCACCAAAAUUAAUUCUAGUUGUUUCCCCAAAUAUAUUUUGAAAUUUAUUUUCAUUGUUCAGAAAACAAGAGAUACUAUUUGGGAUAAAGAGUAAAACUUCUGAUUUCACCUCAAAAUGUCAUUGCUGUGUGUAUCAUGUAUUUAAUCAUGAAGAGGUAAAGAUUUUGAAGUUGUUAUUUAAAAGAAAUUUUGACUUAGUAAGAAUGUGGUUUCCAAUCACUAACUCAUUAACAUCAUCAUUGCCACUACAUGCAGAGAGAACCUUUUGUGCCUUUCUGCCUGCAGGAAGCAUUCAUUUCUAUGUUACAUGAGCUGUAAGAAUGUUGAAAAGUAUUGCACCUGUUCUUCUGUAAAUACACUUGAAUAGGAUUUUUUUUUAACAAGGAGCGGUUAUUUUCACUUCUAGGGAUAUAGAACAAACAUGAGCAGGGUAUCAGACAUACAUGUCUUUUCCCUGUUUGGUGAGCAGGAAACUUCCUUGGGAUGUACUCGUUUGUGUGUGGUUGUGUGUACAUAGAUGUAUAGUUAUUUAAAUAAGUAAGCAAAAGUGAACAUCACACUGAUGUGAUGAUGAGAAACAGUAAGGUGCUAGGUGGUUACAUGAAAAGCACAGCUGAGGGUCUGUCAGUCACAAUGACUGGUGGUUUUGUAAACUAGGUUCAGUUUUUGAACCACUCACAAUACCUCAUGUGUAAAUACAGUGGUCAUGAGUUAAUGGAAAUACAGUUAUUGUAAAAAGAAUGUGAAGCCACUGGUUGGCUUAUAUGCCUUCUGACCUAUUAUUCUUGCCUCUUUUUUGUAAAGGGGCUCUUCUCCCCUCCCCCCACCCUUUAUCAAAUAGGGUUUACAGCUAGAAUUUUGAAUGCCAAAGUUCUAUUUAUUAAACAAAAAAGUUUUCAAUGUUAAUGGCUAGUAUUUUUCCACUGGAAAAAAUUUGUUUGUUGGUGUUUGAAUUUGUAUUUACAGAGAAAUAAAUUUUUUAUAAAAAGA